CGGACUCUGCUCUCGCGAUAUAAACUUUCCCGGUUACCUGAGGAAACGAGAGUUUGAUUCAAAGUGUACCCAUUUGAAUGAACGAAAACAGCCCAAACUCAUCCUAAUAACAAAAGGUUAUUUUUAUCUUUUUUGGGAGGAUCUUGGCUGCAUGAAGCAAACCAGAAAUGGCAUCACCACAAACGCUUCAGCCUGUCCUGAAGAUGAAGGUCGACGAGCUCUUCCUCUUUUGGUUGAGUGAGCCGAGUACUCAGGCAAUGCUAAAAGACUACCUCAACAAAAUCAAGAAUGGAGAAGAAAUAGAGCUAAACCAUGCUGAUUUCAAGGGCACAAGCACUUUGGUAUUAACAGAAAACAACAACAACAUUGCCUCAAAGAUUAAUGCGACAGAGAGAAUGACUGCGGCCCUUGGUACCCCGUGCAGCCCUCCUUCAGCCACCCUGCCAUCUGCGAGUGGCAGCAAUAACAGAGCGGGAGUGAAUGCGAGGGCCCUGCGACGCUCUGUCAGCACUAAGAAGCAGGCACAGGCUAAGAAAGAGGAGCCCGUUACACCAGCUUUAAGUGAAAGCAUUCCAAAGUUCUACUUCCCUCGAGGACAGCCCCAGGCCAAUAUCAACAUAGACAAUCUUAUUUCCAAGAUAGAAAAAAUAUUUUCUCAAUUUCCUGAUGAAAGAGCCAGUUUAAAAGACAUGGGGCUGGUCGCCAAGGCCUGCGAGUGCCCACUCUAUUGGAAAGCUCCAUUGUUCCAUGCUGCCGGAGGAGACAGGAGGGGAUAUGUGUCCGUUCACAAGUUUGUGGCAAUGUGGCGAAAAGUGCUUCAGACCUGUCAUGAUGACGCAUCCAAAUUUCUUCACCUUCUGGCCAAGCCUGGCUGCAAUUAUUUGGAACAAGAGGACUUUAUUCCAUUCCUGCAGGAUGUGGUGGAUUCACAUACAGGUCUGGCGUUUCUAAAGGAGGCUUCAGACUUUCACUCACGCUACAUUACCACUGUAGUUCAAAGGAUAUUUUAUAAUGUGAACCGCUCAUGGACUGGAAAAAUAACAUGUUCAGAACUCAGGAGAAGUAGUUUUCUACAGAAUGUGGCACUUCUGGAAGAAGAGGAAGAGAUUAACCAGUUGACUGAAUUCUUCUCUUAUGAACAUUUCUAUGUCAUCUACUGUAAGUUCUGGGAGCUGGACACAGAUCACGACUUGUACAUAGACCAGAGAGACUUGAUGCGACACAAUGAUCAAGCCUUAUCCAACCGAGUGAUUGAGAGAUUAUUCUCAGGAGCUAUAACCAGGAACAGAAAGGUUCACAAAGAGGGCAGACUGAGCUACGCUGACUUCGUAUGGUUCCUCAUAUCUGAGGAGGACAAAAAGACUGAGACCAGCAUAGAGUACUGGUUUCGCUGUAUGGAUCUGGAUGGGGAUGGAGUUCUGUCCAUGUAUGAGCUGCAGUACUUCUACCAGGAGCAGUCUCAGAAGCUUGAGGCCAUGGCCAUUGAACCACUGCCUUUCGAGGACUGCCUGUGCCAAAUGUUAGAUAUGGUUAAGCCAGAAAUCCCAGGAAAAAUCACUCUGAGGGACUUGAAGAGAUGUAAACUUUCCCAUAUUUUCUUUGACACCUUCUUCAACAUUGAGAAGUACCUAGACCACGAACAGAGGGAUCCCUUACUGGCUGCAAGGGAUGCUGAGACAAUGGGACAGGAGAUUUCUGACUGGGAGAGAUAUGCUGCAGAGGAGUAUGAUAACUUGGUAGCGGAGGAAACUGCAAACGAGCAGUCCAACAAUUGCUAUGACAAUGUUCUAGACCCAAUUGAUCACAUUGCAUGUGCUUUUGACCUGCGGAAUGAGAAGAGACAUCUCUUUGAGAUCCCCAACCCUCACUGUAACCUGGACCUGGAUGAAUAUGAAUACGAGGAUGAUUUUGAAUGACAGCCACCACCACCACACAACACAAGUAAGGCUACCAUCUGCUAGUGUGUAGAACAGGAAGUGGACCAAUCCUGCUCUCCAGUACUGAUGUCACCUGGUUCAGUUAACCAAGGCUUGAGAGUGUACAGAUAAGCUCUGCCAGCCGCUGGAUACCAGACAGUAAACCAGCAGUCUGACGAGGAUCUGUUUAGCAAGACAGAUUGUGCUGGCCCAGUCUAUCUGUCAGUCUGACAUCAAUGCACAACCAGCUUUCUGAAACAAAUGUAGCUGCACUGUAGGUUUCAAGUAACUACACUGGAACCAAACCGGUACACUUGAAAUAUUGAAUGUGCACUAAGUUUAUAAAUAUUUCAAUAUUUUUAUGCACAGAAUUGGCCAAUAAGACAUUCCAGAGAUUCACCAACGUGAUUUCAGCUUGAUUUCAUGGAUGGCUUAUUUCUCAUGGAGCUCUGUCGACUUGCCUUAUGUGUUUGAGGGUCACAUUAAUAUGAAAUAAUGCAGUAAUUAGACUCUGACAUUUUACUGUCUGUGUGAGAAGUGUUUCUAAAUUAUAAUGUAUUUAUAUGUAUUUGUAAAUAUUUGUUUGCCUCGUUUGUUCUAAACCUUUAAGCUUUAGUCCAGCUAAAUGUUUUCAACAAAUCAUGUUUGUAUUAUUUCUAUAGAAGUGCUUCCUAACAAUGUGCUUUUAUUAUUGCAAAAAUGAACUUUUUCAUUUGUCUUAAAGAGUUCAAUAAAGUAUUAAAAUAAAAGUCACACAUUCGCUGCAGGAUGUUAUUGCGUUUUAAUUAAGGUUAAUGUUUACAUUUCUGCAAGUCAAAUUCAUUUGAAAUAUUUAUGGAGCAACCUGUUUUAGUUUUACAAGAAGGCAUAAACAUAAUAGCUGUGACCAAAAAUAUAAAAUAAAAUAAAAAUCUAGCUGCUCCUCAAUUUACAACACAGGUGUAGCUUAUUUGAAUACCUGAAUAAACACCACAUUAUGAUUCAGCAAUGCACAACAAAAUAUAUGUGUGUGUGUGUGGUCUAAAAGUACACAGGGCAACAAAUAUGAAAAAAAGAUUGGUCCAAAUUGCAAUAUUUUUCUUUUUGCGCUACAGUUAGCAAUGAAUGAGUGUUUUACACAAAGAUUUGAAAGUGCAUCAUUCUGUCUUUUUAAGCCCACAGAGGCUGUACAAAAAUCUUAUCUACAGCAAUGCAC